AAACAGAAGUCGUAGAGCAGGGCUAUUCCGAAUGCAUGUAAACAAUCCACGUCAACAGGGACUGUAUUAAUAAAAACGAUUAGUACUGUUCAUUUGGUUUAACAGCUAAUGCACAGUUUUAUAGAUUGUUAGGUAAGAGGCCACUGAUUUGGGCUGUCCGCAAACCAUGACUUCACUGACACAGAGAAACUCAGGCCUGGUGCAAAGACGGACUGAGGCCUCUAGAAACGCAGCCGCCGACAAAGAGAGGGGCUCGGGCGAAGACGAGUAUGACUCUCGUCGCGAGGAAGAAGAAGACGACGACAAGGGAGACUCCAAAGAAACCCGUCUUACAUUGAUGGAAGAAGUGUUACUACUUGGACUGAAGGAUCGAGAGGGUUAUACAUCUUUCUGGAAUGACUGCAUCUCCUCUGGGCUGAGAGGAUGCAUGCUCAUUGAGCUUGCCUUGAGGGGAAGACUACAGCUGGAGCCUUGUGGCAUGAGGAGGAAGAGUCUGCUCACCAGGAAGGUGCUCUGUAAAUCAGAUGCUCCCACUGGGGACAUGUUACUUGACGAGGCUCUGAAGCAUAUUAAAGAGACCCAACCCCCAGAGACAGUCCAGAGCUGGAUUGAACUGCUGAGUGGAGAAACAUGGAACCCCCUAAAGCUGCACUACCAGCUUAGAAACGUGCGUGAGCGUUUGGCCAAGAACUUGGUUGAGAAGGGUGUCCUAACCACAGAAAAGCAGAACUUCCUCCUGUUUGACAUGACCACCCACCCGCUCACCAACAGCACGGUAAAACAGCGACUCGUGCGGAAGGUUCAAGAAGCUGUGUUGGAUAAAUGGGUAAACGAACCCCAGAGAAUGGACAAGCGUCUGCUGGCACUGCUCUUCUUGGCCCACUCUUCUGACGUGUUGGAGAACGCCUUCGCCCCUCUGUUGGACGACCAGUACGACUUGGCCAUGAAGAGGGUUCGGCUCCUGCUGGACCUCGAUGCCGAGGUGGAAGCUGCUAAGUCUGGCUCCAAUGAGCUCCUCUGGGCGGUAGUGGCUGCUUUUACUAAAUGAUCCUGUAGGAGACAGAGAAGUAUUUUAACUUUCUCAAGGAAUCGGACCCUUACCAUUGGCCUUUGAGCUUGGUUGAUUUGAUGUAAUGGUGAAAAUGGUGGAAGUUUCAAGUAAUGAAGGACAUGAGAUGACAACAGUGACGAUUAUAAUUACGAUGAUGCUUAGGGAGGGACCGCUCCUUCUCUUCACUGAGACGGACCCGUCUCUCACCUCCACAAAUGUGUUUCCCUCACCUGUUCCCCUGGCUUGAGGGUGACACAUUGUAACAGUUCACUGUGAGACUUGUGUAGUUAAAGCACUUAACUAUCAUUAUUGUAGCUCCAGUGAACUCAAAGUAAGAGUGCACAGGCGUUAAAUACAAAAUUUCAAAAGAGAUUUUUUUCCCUACUUUUCCGAGACCAUGACUCAAGAACCUGUCAUCUUCAGACAUUUAUCUUACUCAGUUUCAUUUUCAUUUCAGCAGGAAGACUACAUUUCGCAUUUGAGUACUUUGGUAUGAUCAUUUGUGAUCUCCCCUAUAAUAUGGCCAAACAAGUGCAGAGAUCGCCCACACACUAGCUAAUUUGCACAUCCAGCAAGAAAAGUUGAGUUACUUUAUCUACAUAGCACAUCAGGAAACCAAGGAGAAUUUUGUGACCGAUUCACAUGAGAAUAAUUUCUGAAUUGAACACCUGAAAUCAAGUCAUAAAUGUUUUUCUGUCAGAUUAAACAUGGCAUGCCUAUACAAUAACUUGCCUUUUCAUGAGCUCAAGUAAUCUCACCUCUCAGACUACACAGAUUAAUUGGCAUGUUGGGACAGAUUCUUUCCCCCAUGCUCCCAACGGCUGACAUUGCCCCUCAUGUACUACUGUAGAACUACACCUGACCUGAUGGGACAUCUGACUUUACAUCUGAAUUGUUCAGUAGGAAACCAAUAUAGACUCAGCAGAUGAUGAGCAAAGUGCUGAAUCAGCAGCAUCAGGCCUAUUGGAACGGAGGCUGUGCGGCUUUGUCGUACAUCCUUCAGAACCCAAUCAGUGUCACCAACAAGCACCUGGAUUCGACUGUGAUGGCCCAAUUUAUAUAGGGUAAUUAAUGUAAUUCAGUUAGUUGACCAAUAUCUCCCCAAGCCCCUGUUGGUCAGUGGUUUCUCAGGCGCUGUAAUAAAGGUGCAGAGGAGAGUUUGUCCCCUUAUACUAAUGACGGCUUGUGCUUUUGGGGCCUUUCUAAGACCUGCACGUUUUACUUCAUAUUAAAAAAAAAAACGAAAAAACAUAAGUUUCUCUGAUUAAUAUGAUUUUGUUAGACCAUGUCUUUCACGUUAUACUUCUUUUUUUAUACUUUGUUUUCAACCAUUUUUAUUAUGUUAAUUUCUGCUUAAUGUGACUCGGUCUUAUUUGAUUAUGUUUCUUUGUCAUCUUGUCAUUUCUUUUGUCUGGACAUUUCUCUUUCAUGGUUGUUCUGUUCUGUGUGAGAGCAAAUAUAUGGUGUGCUUAGAGGGAGUAUGCUUCCCCCUGGAGAAAGCAAAGGUUUGGCAGUGAUGAUGUACUGUUAGUUAACUAUAUUCAAUGAUAUGUAAUGUAGAACUGAUAUGAAAGGGAUCCCCUGAUUUGUACAAAUGCUUUUUACCAUAUAAUAAAGGACGAUCUUU